UGAGAUUGUCAAAUUUGACAACUAUGUUAGCAUGGGUGUAUCUUGUAUUAUUAUGAUUUCAUAAUUCAAUUCACGUAAUAAUAGUUAUAUCAUAUCUUAUCCUGUGGAUUGCUCCUGAGAAGUUGUCGAAAACAUAAUGGGCGAUAAUAGAAAGAAGAAAAAAUUCUACUUUCGUAAGCGGAGAAACAAAUAUUUUCUAGAACCCGGCUUUAGAGGCUUCUUUUGUACAUGUAACUUUAGGGAAAAAGAUUGUGUGAAGGAGAUGUACAAUUUACUAAAUGAAUAUGCAGAGAAAUUAUACACUGCGGAAUACGGUAACAAGCCUUCUGCGGUGGAGUCCGAUGAGCGAUCUGAUACCGACACAGACAAUGAGAUUGAUAUUGGAGAUAUGCUCAAAGGCGAGGUGGAAUCUAUGAAAAAAGAUUUACAGAAGUCCCUUAAGCAUAAAAGGUUUCAGGUCGUUGAAACAGGAGUUUCGAACUGUAUUUUUAUUAAAACCAACCUACCGAGUCCCGAAGAAUUGACAUCGGCUAUUAUAAAAGAUUUGACGACAACAAAAGUACAGAAAACGCGACACGUAUUGCGUUUGUUACCUAUCAUGGCAACUUGCAAAGCAAACUUGCCAGAUAUAAUGGAAUGUGCAGGGAAACUUUUCGAUAAAUACUUUUUAAAGGAACCUUCUACAUUUGCAAUUGUAUUUAACAAAAGGCUAAAUAGUAGUGCAUCUCGAGAGCUCAUUAUUAAGGAGCUCGCUGAGUUAGUUGUUCUAAAGAAUGCAGAAAACAAGGCAGAUUUAAAAAAUCCUGGUCUAUGUAUAAUUGUGGAGAUAAUAAAAGGCAUUUGCUUGUUAAGUAUUGUGGACAAUUACUUCUCAUAUAAGAAGUAUAAUAUACAUGAAAUUUGUAAAGAGGAAGUGCGUGAUGAUUCAGAAGAGACACAAGCUAAGAAGUUUAAGGCUGACAUAUCUCAAGAAGAGGGUAGUAAAGAAUAAAUAAUAAGUGUAUUUCUCUUUAUUAUACUUUAAUGUCUAGGUUAAGUCAACCUGGGGCCUCAAUACCAAUUCUUGCACCAAAUUCUUCUCUAUUUCUUAUCUUUUUGAAUACAUAAAUGUUUACUAUAUAAAUAUAUGUAUAACUGAA